CAGAAAAACAAAAGCCUCUCUCUUUCUUUCUCUUUUCUGUUUCUUUUGUUCUCUUCACAGGAAGAAGAAGAAGGCAAGAGGGCAGAAGUUUUCAAGCGAAAGCGUUCUCUCAAGAAGCGCUUUUGAGGUGUGGUUAUUAAGCAGAUAGGGCAUUGUAUCAGCAAUGGGAGCCGGAGGCCGCAUGUCUGCUGCAACAACCAAGACUGAAGACAAGAAAAACCCCCUUGAAAGAGUCCCAUACUCAAAGCCUCCGUUUACCGUUGGUGAUAUCAAGAAAGCCAUCCCACCUCACUGCUUCAAGAGAUCGCUCCUUCGCUCAUUCUCCUAUGUUGUUUAUGACCUGACCUUGGUCUCUCUGUUCUACUACAUUGCCACAACUUAUUUUCAUCUCCUUCCUUCUCCAUACAGCUACCUUGCCUGGCCUGUGUAUUGGAUUUUCCAGGGAUGCGUUUGCACUGGAGUUUGGGUCAUCGCCCACGAGUGCGGUCACCAUGCAUUCAGUGACUACCAAUGGGUGGAUGACACAGUCGGUCUUAUCCUCCACUCCGCGCUUCUGGUCCCCUACUUCUCGUGGAAGUACAGCCACCGUCGCCACCACUCCAACACUGGAUCGCUCGAACGUGAUGAAGUCUUUGUACCAAAGCCAAAAUCCAAGAUGGCAUGGUAUUCCAAGUACUUGAACAAUCCUCCAGGCAGAGUCAUUACCCUGACAACCACGCUCACUCUGGGUUGGCCCUUGUACUUGGCUUUCAAUGUCUCAGGCAGACCAUACGACCGUUUCGCAUGCCAUUAUGAUCCUUAUGGCCCAAUCUACAAUGAUCGCGAGAGGCUUCAAAUCUACAUUUCUGAUGUUGGUGUCAUUGCAACAUCUUAUCUGCUUUACCAUGUAGCAAUGGCUAAAGGGCUAGCCUGGCUGAUAUGCAUCUAUGGGGUACCAUUGCUUAUUGUCAAUGGCUUCCUUGUUUUGAUCACGUAUCUGCAGCACACUCACCCUUCAUUGCCACACUAUGAUUCAUCUGAGUGGGAUUGGCUGAGGGGCGCAUUGGCAACUGUUGACAGAGACUACGGCGUCCUGAACAAGGUUUUCCAUAACAUCACCGACACACAUGUGGCUCACCAUCUCUUCUCAACAAUGCCACAUUAUCAUGCAAUGGAGGCAACCAAAGCAAUCAAGCCACUUCUUGGAGAAUACUACCAACUUGAUGGCACUCCAUUUUACAAGGCAAUGUGGAGGGAGGCUAAAGAGUGUAUUUAUGUUGAGCCAGAUGAAGGAGGCAAGGGUGUUUUUUGGUACAAGAACAAGCUUUGAUGAGAUCAUCCGAUCCUGAUCAAAAGCUAGUAGGCUGUGCUAUUAUUAUUAUUAGAAAUAUAAAAGAAGUAGCUUUCUUUUGCUCUGAUCAAAUGCAUGUCUAAGUUAGUGUAAAAUUACCUUGUGCCAAUAAACUAAUAGCCUGAGUUUCUUGAAACUCAUGUGGUUUUUGUUUAUCUUCUACAUUGUGGAAAAAGAUUUAAAGCUAGUCCAUCUCAAGUACCA